AUGUCUGAAUCUGAGAGAAGUUUCUUAGCCCACGCAGACAUUAUUCCAAAGGAUAGAAUCAUUGGUCCAUAUGUUGUCGAAGAGUACAUCGGACACGGUGGUUAUAGCACUAUUUAUAAGGCUAGUGAUCCAGAUACAAGAGAAUUACUGGCAAUAAAACUCGAACCAAUAAAUGCACAGAAAAAAGCGAUAGAGCAAGAGUCACAGUACUACAAGAUGGUUGAAGGAUCUCAGUAUUUUCCAAAAAUAUUCAAAAUCGGAAGUGCACCUCAAUAUCAUUACAUUGCAAUGGAGUUACUUGGUCCAUCACUUUCUCAAUUAGCUAAAAUACUCCCAACACACUCAUAUUCAAUCGAAACAACUAUCCGUCUCUCAAGGCAAAUGCUUUGCGCAAUUAUUGACGUUCAUCAACAUGGUUUAAUCCAUCGUGACAUCAAACCAGGCAAUUUCUUAAUUCGUGCCGAUGCUACAUAUCCAAUUGUCUUGAUUGAUUUUGGCUUGGCCAGAAAAUUCAGACAAGAAGAUGGAACUCAUGUCGAACAACGCCAGAAAUUCGGAUUUGCAGGUACAUCCAAUUAUGCUCCACUCAAUGCACAUGAGAAAAUGGAUCUUUCAAGAAGAGAUGAUUUGAUAUCAUGGUUCUACUCAGUUCUCGAGCUUAUUAACGGAAAACUUCCUUGGACAGGCCUUUCUGAUAAGAAGCAGAUCGAAGAUAUGAAGAGAAACAUUACAGUUAGCCAGUUAUGUUCCUCAUUACCUGAAGAAUACAGACAAAUCUACGUCUACAUCUCCAAUUUACAGUUCGAUGAGGAUCCUAACUACGAAAUGAUGCUUUCCCUCAUCAAUAGAGCAGCUAUUAAGGCUCACUGCGAUGAAAAAGUCUAUGAAUGGUAUACAAUUCCUCAGGAUAAAAUCAAAAAAGUGUCAAAAAUUAACCUUAUUCCUGCGGGAGUCUUUAGACCUAAAUACCAGUCAGCGGAGCCAGAGCCAGCACCUAUAACUAAGUUGUCUGGAUAUGAUAACACAAUUAUCCCACCUGGACAAGCGAAGAAAGAAAAGAAGAAAGAAGAUCCAUCACUUGGACUGAAACAACUCGAUGUAGGAGCAUAUAGAGUGGAUUAUUCACAGGAUCCAUUCGCUACUCCUCCUCGUUCUAAUGUCUUACCUGUUAAGCCAAAGAGAAAGUAA